AGGGCGAUCCUAUUGUAAAAGGUCAAUUUAACAAAUUAUCAGAUAAUAAUACUUCAAAGUUUGGUAGUAUGAUGCAUUCACCAACUUUUCUUGGUGAUAGUCGUUCAAAUUCUCAUCGAGCCUAUUCCUACAACCUUCGUUCCAGGCAAAGAGUCGCCUAUUUCCAUAACAAAGAUGUCGGAGCCUUUCACUUCGGGCCUCAACACCCGAUGAAGCCGGAACGCUUAACUUUGACUAAUGACCUGAUCAUUGGCUAUCGUUUACACGAGAAAAUGGAUGUUUUCUGCCCUCCAAGGGCAACUGACGAAGAAUUAAUGGAAUUCCACCAAUCUUCUUACAUAAACUUUCUAAAAAAGGUCACGCCUGAAAAUGCCAAACAAUUUUCAGCCGAGGAUUUCAAUCGGUAUAAUAUUAACGAAGAUUGCCCAAUAUUUUCUGGUUUAUAUGAUUAUUGUCAACUUUAUGCAGGAGCGUCAGUUGCUGCUGCGGAACGGUUGGCGUCAGGGGCGUCAGACAUAUGUAUAAAUUGGAGUGGAGGACUGCAUCACGCUAAGCAAUUUGAAGCGUCGGGAUUCUGUUUUGUCAACGAUAUUGUUUUAGCGAUUCAGCAUUUAUUGAGGUACUAUCCGAGAGUUUUGUAUAUAGAUAUCGACAUACAUCAUGGUGAUGGAGUGCAAGAGGCGUUUUACCUUACCGAUCGAGUGAUGACAGUCUCAUUUCAUAAGUACGACAAUGGUAAUUAUUUCCCGGGAACCGGAGAUUUCGAUGAGAUUGGUACUGGACCAGGAAAAUACUUUAGUUUAAACGUUCCGCUCAAGGAUGGUAUGGACGAUGAAAGCUACAUCAUAUUAUUUAAAGAUAUCAUAACAGCCGUUAGAGAUCGAUAUCAACCAAGUGCGAUCGUUUUACAGUCUGGAGCCGAUUCACUUGGCAAAGAUAAGUUAGGAGGAUUCAAUCUUAGUAUAAAAGCACAUGGAGAAUGUGUUAGGUAUAUAAAGAGUUGGCAAAUUCCCUUGCUCGUUCUCGGCGGAGGUGGGUAUACGGUGCAAAACGUGGCCAGAUGCUGGGCCUACGAGACAAGUAUUCUGGUUGACACCGAGGUACCGGAAGAGUUAUCGCCGGAGAGAACCAAUUUUUACGCGUUAUUCGGACCUGAUUACUCAUUGCACCCACCACUUGUUGGAAAGGUGGAGAAUCAAAAUACAAGAAGCGAUUUACAAAAAUUGGCCCAACAAGUUUUAGAACAUUUGAAGGCACUGGAAGGUGCACCCAGUGUACAGAUGCAAGAAAUACCCUCGGAGAUGACCAAAGAUGCAAAAAACAAAGACGAGGAAUUGGCAGAUUCUCGCGGGGACGCUAACGCUGAUUACAGAUACAGACGGAGGUUGAUAUGGCAUGACAAUGAAUAUUUCGAUGGAGAAAACGAUUACGACAAAGAUGAUGACAAACAAAUGAUGGACGAAGAAAUUAGCUGA